UGGGUUGGCGAGUCCCGGAGCAGGAGAAAACAUAAAGUCAUGGAGCAAUACAGCACAGAAGCAGGCCAUUCGGCCCAACAAAUCUAUGCUGAAUGUGGUGCUCACCCAGCUAUUCCCAGGUCUAACCCCGAGGAAAAGAAUAAAGCCAGAGUCCUGGCCAACAGACCUCGUGAGAGGGAAAUGGAUGCUGGAGAAGUGGAGAGAAUGGGCGACUGGGGGAGCUCGUGGGACACCUCAUCUGAUGCAAAGUUGUCAGGGGUGCUGAGGCCGCAGGUCGUACUGCAGAGAUUACGACUUCCACCCGGGAAACACAGGAUCACAGCAAUGAAGGGAAUUUCAAACCAAACAACGCAUCAAGGUUCUGAGUGUGGACGAGGUUUCAGCCAAGGAACCAGACAGUCGAGACACCGGAACAGUCACACAAGGGAGAAACCGUGGAAAUGUGGCGACUGUGGGAAGGGAUUCAAAUACCCAUACCUUCUGGAAAUUCAUUACCGCAGUCACACUGGGGAGAGGCCAUUUACCUGCCCUGUGUGUGGGAAAGGAUUCCCCUAUUCCUCCAACAUAUUGGACCAUCAACGCACUCACACUAGUGAGAGUCCAUUUACCUGUCCUGUGUGUGAGAAAGGAUUCACUCGGGCAGCCAGCUUGAGGAGCCAUCAAGUUGUUCACACUGGGGAGAGGCCGUACAUCUGCCCAACGUGUGGAAGAGGAUUCUUACAUGCACCCAACCUGUGGACCCACAAGCGAAUCCACACUAGAGAGAGACCAUACUUGUGUUCUGUGUGUGGGAAAGGAUUUUCUGAUUCAUCUGCCUUGAGGACCCACAGGCAUGUUCACACUGGGGAGAGGCCAUUUAUUUGCUCUGUAUGUGGGAAGGGGUUCAGUCAGACAUCAACCCUUAACAGGCACAGGCGUGUUCACACUGGAGAGAGGCCAUUUAUUUGCUCCGUAUGCGGGAAGGGGUUCAAUCAGGCCUCAAUCCUUAAGAUUCACAGGCGUGUUCACACUGGGGAGAGGCCUUUUGUCUGUCCCGUGUGUGGGAAGGGAUUCAGUCAAGCAUCGGUUCUGAAGAAACACAUGUGUGUUCACACUGGAGAGAGGUCAUUUGUCUGUCCCGUGUGUGGGAAGGCGUUCAGUCGAGCAUCAGUUCUGAAGAAACACAUGUGUGUUCACUCUAGGGAAAAGUCAUUUGUCUGCUCUGUGUGUGGGAAGGGAUUCACUACAACUAACAAACUAAGGACACACCAGCGAGUUCACUGCAAGGAGGACUCUUGCAUACCUACAGAGGAAAAGGGUUCAGUGGGUCAGGCAUCAUAAUGACACCAAGAAACCAUUUACCCACACCAAGUGUGGGUCGGAUUCAGUCAGUCAGCUGCUCUGUGGAAUCACCAAUCUGUCCACAGGUCACUGCAGGAGCUGGAUUCCCCUGUCGCUCCUGAUAAUUAUAUCCAGGGCUGGAUCCAGAUCAUUGUCCCAGUGUGAAUUGACUCUGCUGAUGUUUACAGCCAGUGUAACUGGGAUAGAUUUUAAUGUUCUUGGGUUACAAUGAGUAAAGUUCUCGAAUACAGUUUUUUUUUCUGUUUGUGGCUGCUGUUCUACUCUUAUGAAUGACAGGGAUCGUAGGAGAUGGAUGAUUCGGACAGAAGGAACGACUGUGAGAGGUUGCAAUGGGGAUCAGAGUCUCCUGGGCUGUUUGCUAAUGGGACAGUUGGAAACUGAUAGUACAAGCACAGGAAAUUAUUUCUGGUUUACAUGUUUCAAUCUUAGAUGCCUUCACUAAUAAAGAACCUAUGAACCCCUCUGUAGAAGCAUUGCUUGGGUUACAGUGGGAGAUAAGGUUUGCUUAGGAGUGUGAACCAUCCUAUCAGGAGAGGAGGCUGGGGGAGCGGUUUUGUGAUUGACACUGGUGGUGGGUCUUUGUCUCAGUUUGGCGGGAGAUGAAGAGAGAGGUCGCUGGAGGGAACCAGUCCUGGGAUUUGAUCCGGAUGGGGAACGCGAUUCGCUGGAGCCUGGGCGUGGAGGUCGGUGAAUGUGGCUUUUGGACGAUUUGAGCUCUAACCUGUGCCCAUAUGACUGUUAAGUUAUUUUCUUUCCUUUACUAAAUCUUUGGUUAAGUUAAUAUUCACAAAUAUACUUUAUAACUGUAUGCAGCGUGUGAUCUGUUAUUUCAUGCCCAGUGGCUAUUGCAGGGCAGUAAAUGAGACAACAUUCAGACAAACCAUGUGUGGGCAAGACCAAACAAUCCCGUGGAACUGGCGGGACCAGAAUCGUAUACUGUGCGUCUUAGACAAACGAAGCGGGAGAGAGGUGGGGUUAUCGCCGCGGUAUCUAGCCGCAGAGCUCUUCAGUUAUCGGGGAAAAUGCAUUCCACAGAUUCACUACUCUGGCAGAAGUUGUUCCUCCUAAUCUCUGUUCUAACUGGACAUCCUUGUUUUCUGAGGCUGUGCCCUGUGGUCCUCGACUCUCCCAAUACUGAAAACAUUCUAUCUAUGUCCGGUCUCUCCAGGCGUUUCAACAUUCACCGGGUCUCUGUUAUGUACGUGUGUUACGACCGAAUAAGAGAAUGGCUGGAGUCGCUUAACACUUUCGUGAAAGUGUGUUUAUUCGGUGCGUCAUUGUUUUUUAAAUGUUACAAAAAAUAGUGAAAAUAGAGAGCAGAAAACUCACUGUUUAUAAAAGGGUUUCUACCAGAAAACACCACUACAGCUAUGUACUAUUUCAGUGUGAAUUCCUGUCAGCUUGAUCGCUCUCUCCCUGCUGAGAGCGAUCCUCCGCGUUUUGUGGGUAUCUGGACAGACAAUCUUUAAUUACCCAUGCAAUUAACUUAAGAGUACACAUGAAUCAAACUAUGAUGCGCUGCACAAUGUUGUUACAAUCAUAUUAGAAAAUAAAGAGAAUAAUCUAGCUUAAAUACAGUUUAGUAACAAUAUAUGCACAUUUGCACAUCCCCGUUAGUAAGGAGAUAGAAUGUUUCACUGUGCAAGGCGGGAGAAGCAGCACAAAGACAACCCAUUAUGAGAAUACACCGGCUAAGAAUUUGAAGUGCGCACACUCAGCGUAACAUCAGCAGAAAGACAAGCCAACAUUUGUGUGUGUGUGUGUGUGUUUGUGUGUGUGUGAGUGAGUGUGAGUGAGUGUGUGUGAGUGUGUGUGAGUGUGUGUGUGUGAGUGAGUGUGUCUGUGUGUGAAUGAGUGUGUGUGUGUCUGUGUGCGUGUGUGUGUGAGAGUGUGAGUGUGAGUGAGUGUGUGUGUGUGAAUGAGUGUGUGUGUGAGUGUGUGUGUGUCUGUGUGUGUGAGUGUGUGUGUCUGUGAGUGAGUGUGUGUUUGUGUGUGUGUGUGAGUGAGUGUGUGUUUGUGUGUGUGUCUGUGUGUGAGUGAGUGUGUGUUUGUGUGUGUCUGUGUGAGUGUGUGUGUGAGUGUGUGUGUGUCUGUGUGUGAGUGAGUGUGUGUGUGUGUGUGAGUGUGAGUGAGUGUGUGUUUGUGUGUGUGUGUGUGAGAGUGAGUAUGUAUAUGUGUGUGUGUGUGUGUGUGUCUGUGUGUGAAUGAGUGUGUGUGUGAGUGUGUGAGUGUGAGUGUGUGUGUGAGUGUCUGUGUGUGAGUGAGUGUGUGUGUCUGUGUGUGAGUGUGUGUGUGAGUGUGUGUGUGUGUCUGUGUGUGAAUGAGUGUGUGUGUGUGUGUGUCUGUGUGUGAGUGAGUGUGUGUGUGUGUGUGUGAGUGAGUAUGAGUGUGAGUGAGUGUGUGUUUGUGUGUGUGUCUGUGUUAAUGCACGGUGCGGUGACUGAGAGCUCUGCAUUACUGUACCACUCCUCUCCUGCGGUGACGAUGUUCAGCAGCCGAGCAGAUGGUCUGCAGCAACAUUUCCUUUCCCUGCUUGAUUAUGGGCCCAGAAUAUGAAAGGUUGGAGCUCCGUGUACCACCGUGUCACUCACUGCUUUGUGGUUCUUCAUCUUCUGAAACCAUGUCAAUGCUCUGUGAUCUGACGAGGUGUCAAAGUCUCUGCCAGGGAGGUAGCACCAGAGGGCCACAAGCUCACUGAAUGGCCACACACUCCUUUUCAAUGGUAAAAUUCCUGUUUCUCUCGGGAGGUCGGGAGGAGUUUUUAUCUCUGGUGGACAGGUCACUUUUCUCCAGGUUCUCCUCGUAGCAACACUGCUCCAAUUCCUACUCCUACUCCAGGCAUCCACCUGGAAAAGGAACCACCUGUUAAUGUCUGGCCUCUGAAGAACACGUGAGAGCUUUAAGGGCUUUAAAGGCGUUUUGACACUGACUUGUCCACUUCACUUGGUUACUCACAAGCUUCCCCGUCAGAUUAGUCAGCCGUGCAGCCGAAUUGGCGAAUUGGGGAAUGAACCUGUGGCUGCACCCUACCAGACCCAGGAAGGACUUCACUUCCUUCUUGGUGUGUGGUCCACUUCGUCCACCUCUCCAAGUCACAGCUGAUAGCCAAACUAUGCGGUUUCCCUUUCUAGCCACUCACACUUUUGAAGAUUGAGGGUGAGACUGGCAGCAUGAAUAUCUCCCAGGGCCCUGCGCAGAUGAUGCAGAUGCCCUGAACAUGCCUGGCUGUGGACAACCAGAUCAUUUAGGUUGGCCACUGCAACCUUCACGGCCUUGAAGUACCUGGUCCAUCAGCCCCUGCAACAUUGCUGGUGCACCAGGAAGAUCAAAAGGCGUCACUGUGAACCAGACCCAUGGGUGUAGGGAAGGUAGCGAGGGGCUUUGAUUGAUGACCCAGAGGAACCUGCCAGUAUCCUUUACCAAUGUCCAGUGUAAUAAUGCCCAUCCCAUCCUUUCCAGUAGGUCAUCAAUACAGGGCAUAGGUGAGCAUCAAAACAAGAAAUAGCAUUCAAAUUCCAGAGAUCAAUACAUACCCUCAGGCUGCUAUCCGUCCUGGGGACAAUAAUGAUAGGGCUGCUCCACUCACUGUUUGAAGGCUCGAUCACUCCCUGCUCAGGCAUGUUCCGAACAGCAUCCAUCAGCGCCCCCACAAGUCACCUUGGCAAUCUGUAGCAGUGUUGGGCUACUGAAGGCCUCUCAGGUCUGGUCUUGAUGGAAUAUUUUAGAACCUUUGACAGUCCUGGUCUCUGCUGGAACAACUGGUGAAAGUCAUCAAACACCCUCCAACUCAACUGCUUAGCGGCCAUCGAGAUGGCAGAGGUCAAACACCCCAGGGCCCUUCCAGGCUUCCAGGACCCCUUCAGAUUUGUCAUCAAUGGGUACAUCAUCUGUACAAGAAUCAACGGAGGCUGGAGAACCAGCAUAUUUCUCACAGCGCCAUUGCCAGUGUGACUUUCUAGGCGUUUUGGAUCCCACCUUGCACAGACCAGCACCCAAAUCAGGUGGAAAUUGUAACUCAGCCAUUGCUUUGGUUUUAGCACGAGUCCCGACAAAAUAUGAAACAGCACAAUCUGCUGCUGGGUUAACAAGUGAAAGUGACUGCCGAUUUCCCUUCUCCAGUAACUCAUGUAAGACAGGCAAAUCUCUCCCCAGAAUCAUGUCAACUAGAAGUUUCUCCAUCACCACCACUUUCAUCAAAUACCUGUGGUCAUCCAGUUCAAUAGUGAGUUCUUCAAGUGGCUCCAACUUUCAGUCACCAUGAAGACAUUGGACAGGUAUUUGGUGACUGUGUCAACAUCAAAAGCAGAGACGGGACUUUUCUUAAUAAAUGAUAAUGAGCUACCAGUCUCAAAAAGAGCUUGAAAACAGUUUCCAUUAGCUUUAACUACUCUAAACAUGGACUCGUUCUCCUCACAUUACCAUACUCACAAUCAUUACAGUCACCAUCACCAUCAUCACCCUCUCA